AUGAAAAACAGGAAUAAGAUUUUCCUGCUGCUGGUGCUGCAAUGUUUGCUCGUCGGCAUCGGGGCAAAUCCAACCGGUUCCAAGCUGUCCUUCAUGUCGAAGCAUGCGGCCCAGUGUGGUUACGAGGGUUGUCCGAUCGUGAAGGAAAACAUGCUCAACGUGCACCUGGUCGCUCAUACGCACGAUGAUGUCGGAUGGCUUAAAACCGUCGAUCAAUACUACUACGGCAGCCGAAGUAGCAUCCAGAAGGCGGGCGUGCAGUACAUUCUCGAUUCGGUGAUACAAGAGCUACUGAAGGACUCGACGCGCAGGUUCAUAUUUGUAGAAUCUGCCUUCAUGCAAAAAUGGUACAUGGAGCAGAACGAGGAGAUGCGGGAAAUCGUAAAAGAGCUCGUAGAUGAGGGACGGCUGGAGUUCAUCGGUGGUGCCUGGAGCAUGAACGAUGAGGCCUCGGUCCACUAUCAGAGCGUGAUCGAUCAGUUUACCUGGGGGUUACGAUUUUUGAACGACACUUUUGGCGAGUGCGGACGUCCCAGGGCCGGGUGGCAGAUUGAUCCGUUCGGGCACUCGCGCGAGCAGGGAUCACUGUUCGUGCAGAUGGGCUAUGAUGGAUUGUUCCAGGGCCGGUUAGAUUUCCAGGACAAAAGCAACCGUAUCGCUAAGCAAACGAUGGAGAUGAUGUGGAAGACGAGCGACAGCCUGGAGGGCAGUGAGUUGUUUACUAGCGGGCUGUAUUACAUAUAUGCGCCACCGCCUGGUUUUUGCUUUGACGUGUUGUGUAACGACGAUCCAAUCAUAGAUGGGCCUUACUCGAAAGAUAAUAAUGUGAAGGAGAAGGUGGAUCUAUUUUUGGACACCGUCCACAACAUGUCCAAGACGUUCUUGACGAACAAUAUCAUUCUUACGAUGGGUGAAGACUUCCAUUACCAAGAUGCAAAUAUGUGGUUUAAAAAUUUGGACAAACUUAUCAGAUAUACAAAUGCACGCCAAGCAGAAGGAUCGCUCGUUAAUGUAUUUUACUCUACGCCUUCCUGCUACUUGAAGGCAGUUAACGAAGCACAUGUCGAAUGGCCAACAAAGUCCGACGAUUUCUUCCCCUACGCUUCCGACCCUACCGCCUUUUGGACGGGCUAUUACACAUCCAGACCUACCCAGAAGCGUUACGAACGGGAAGGAAAUCAUUUCCUGCAGGUUUGCAAACAACUAUCGGCCAUUGCACCAACCAAGGAAACCUUCUACGAAGAUCAUCUGACUACGCUUCGUGAUGUGAUGGGAGUGAUGCAGCAUCAUGACGCGAUCACGGGUACCGAGAAGCAACAUGUAGCCGACGACUAUGCCCGCAUGCUGUACGAGGGCUUCGAGGCAUGCAGUGUCAAUACUCGGUCGGCUUUGAACCAACUGGCUGGAGAACAGGAUAACUUCAACUUCGACUUUGGAUACUGCAAACAGGCGAACAUCAGUGCUUGUGCAAUGACCGAGAACUCGGACAACAAUCUGGUGCUGUUGUACAAUCCUCUUGGGCACAGCUCCAAUGACUUUGUGCGCCUCCCGGUGAAGGAUGGUAGCUAUCUGGUACGAAAUGAUCGAGGACAGACGGUUCCAUCUACUCUGAUCCCGAUUCCAAGCUCAGUGGUAGAUCUUCCCUUCCGAGAAAGCGAGGCCACCCACGAACUGGUGUUCCAGGGUGAGCAGGUUGCUCCGGUGGGGUACAAGUCGUACUACGUCUCGAAAGAGGAGUCCGAGCGAUCGUCGUCCUCUGCAGAAAUUCGCCAAGAGGAUAAUGUGAGCAUCGGCAAUGAGCAUCUGACGGUCCACUUCGACGAGAACGGAUUCAUGAGCUCGAUCACGGUCCAUGGAGAAACGCAUUCUUUGAAGCAACAUUUCCUGUACUACGACGGAGCCUUGGGAAACAACGAGGAGUUCCGCAACCGAUCUUCCGGAGCGUACAUCUUCCGUCCAAACGGAACUGAGAAGACUGUAACCGAGGUGGUCGAGAUACAGGUGGUGAAGAGCGACAUUGUGCAGGAAGUACAUCAGGUAUUCAACGAGUUUAUCAGUCAGGUGAUCAGAGUGUAUGCGGGUCAAGAGCACGUGGAGUUGGAGUGGUUAGUGGGACCAAUACCGAUCGACGAUGGUAUCGGGAAGGAAAUAAUCUCUCGCUUUGAGUCUGACAUCAAGAGCGAUGGUGCGUUCUUUACGGAUUCGAAUGGGCGAGAGAUGCUUCGCCGUGUACGAAACUAUCGUGAAACAUGGGAGCUAGAUUUGGCAGAGCCAAUUCCUGGCAAUUACUAUCCAGUGACAACCAAAAUAGUCAUUGAGGAUGAGCAACUCCGACUAGCUGUGUUGAACGACCGUGCUCAGGGAGGUUCUAGCCUGGUAGAUGGUCAACUAGAGUUGAUGGUCCAUCGACGACUACUUCGCGACGAUCGUUUCGGUGUAGGAGAAGCUCUGAACGAAACACAGUUUAACACGGGACUAAUUGCUCGAGGAAAGCACUGGCUAAUGUUUGGUUCUUCAUCACAAAUCAACACCACUCCAACCCAAACCGCAAAGGAACGAUUCCUGCAGAACAAAGUCCAUCUACCGUCGUGGGUAUUUGUUGCUCCAUCAGAUGAAUUUACCUACGAUCAGUAUCUGAACCAAUUUGUGACUAGUUUUUCGUUUAUUUCCAAACCAUUACCACUCAACGCUCAUCUUCUUACGAUGGAACCGUGGAAAGAGGACACAGUUUUGAUAAGAUUUGAACAUUUGUUCGCUAAAGAUGAUGAUCCACAGUACUCAUUGCCAGUCCAGAUAGAUUUGCAGGAUAUGUUCGCAGACGUAAACGUGGUCAGUGUUCAGGAAACUACACUGGCUGGCAAUCAGUGGAAGAAGGAUUCUAAACGUAUGGAUUACGGACUGGGACCAAAGCAGCAGGCUGUCGUAUCACCGAAUAUCAACGAUAAUCAAUUCCUCGUUGAGCUGAAGCCGAUGGAGAUCAGAACUUUUGUCGUUCGUUUCGAUAAAAAAUGA